AUGGGUGAAAUGGAAGAUUUUCCGUAUGAAUUCACAAAACCUCUACUCCUAUGUUUCAAUUUACUAAAGAGAUGCAAUAUCGGAUUUUUCGAUGACAACGUUCCAUUUUUACAAAAGUAUUGGCGUUCCUUCUUUAUAGUUCCAUGCGUUAUAAUACAUUAUAUUUCUACAUCAAUUUAUGUUAGCCGUGUGUUUACAAGUCAGAUCAAAAUAUCGGAGCUGGCUUUCAUGGUUCCUGUUUUCUUGAUUUUAACUCAAGGAUUUUUAAAAGCAGCUGUUAUUAUACCAAAAAGGUCUGAAAUUGCUACUUUGAUAAGACAUCUUGGAAUGAUGUGGAAGACUGACAAUCUAAGUGAUAUCCAACUAAAGAAGAAAAACCAACAGCUAAGGAGACUGAACUUUGGUCAUGCAGUAUUCUAUUGGGGAAGCAUAAUUGCAACAUGGCAGAAUUUGUUGACACCGUUCCUAUUGACGCUGUUUAGAAAAUUUGUCCUUAAACAAGACACGGAAUUUUUAUUGCCCUUCGAAUAUGCAUAUCCCUUCGAUCCUUUGAAAAAUUGGAUUCGAUAUAUUGUUGUGUAUGUUUUUCAAAUAUUGACAAUGCUCUCGAUCGUUUAUCACUAUAUAGGCACAGAAUUUGUAAUCAUAACAAUCUGUGCUCAUCUUAGUACGGAAUUUGCUCUUCUUCGAGAAGAUCUUAAGGAAAUCAUACCUCGAAAAAACGAAGACCAUGUUGUUACUUUAAUAAUUAACAAUGAUGAUAAUGCAAUCAGAAACUUUAUACAGAAUCACCAAAAAUUGAUCGAAUUAACGCGUUCAUUAAAUAACAUAUUCAGUCCAAUGGUUUUCAUAGAUAUGUUCUUUGUCACAGUGAUUAUGUGCUUCUUCGGCUUGGGCGUCACGGUAGCAUAUGGCGCAGUGGACAUCGCCAAUAAUUUUAUAGCCGUAUUGGCUCUAUUGCUGCCAAUUUACAUACUUUGUUACAACGCGGAAUUACUGAAAGUUGAGAGUACAGGAAUAGCGGAUUCAGCAUAUGAAAAUUUAUGGUAUAAUGGCGGUGCACAUUAUCAGAAGAUUAUUCAAUUUAUUAUGGCAAGGUCUCAACGGCCUUGCUGCCUGACUUCUUUGAAUUACGUUCCGAUAACUCUGAAUACAUUCACUAAGGUUGUUAGUACAACUUGGUCCUACUUCUCCUUAGCAAGAAGUUUGUAUUCCAAUAGUUAA